AUGCAGGAGUGCUGUGUGACGUGCUACACAACUGCUGGGCAGCUGCUGAAUAUUAUAUCCCCCAGAGAGUUUGUUGACUUCUCCUACACAACACAGUAUGAAGAUGGCCUUCUGACUUGUGCUGUUGGCAUUGAAUAUGAAGGUGCUCGACCACACUGUGUGCGUGGGUUUAAUCAUCUGUGCGGCUGGUUUUGUGUGCCCCUGCAGGACAAUCCUCAGCACAGCCUUCUGACUGGCUACAUUCAGACUGAUCUGAGAGGGAUGCUGCUAAAAAAGACUGUGGACCUCGCAAUGGCAGGCAAUUUCUCCUAAAAAGAAUACUGAGAAUACUUCUUUUUCAUUUGUAUGUUUAAAAUAAGAGGGAAGUAAAUUUAAUUCCAAUUUCGCAUGUAAAUUUUAGAAAAUGGUAAAAAAAAAAAUAUUUUUAACAAAAGUAAUCUGAAUAUAUGUGAGGAGGCCUUCCAGAAGCCUAUGAUUAAAUGAUUGGAAAGGAAAGUGUGGCAUUUCAGAAUACUUAAAAAAAGCAACUAUAUUUUCAUGUUUCCUUAUCUGAUUCAUUUACACACACACAUAUACAGUUAGGUCCAUAAACAUUUGGACAGAGACAACUUUUUGGUUCUGUACAUU